UUUACAUUCAUGUGGGUGUGAGAGGGGAAGGAAAUGUCUGGGGUCGUGGGUCGGAUGAGGAAUGUGCGGUUGCCGAAAAGUACCAGGCGCCGCCGGGACAGCGAUGAGGAACCGAUCAGGAUCGACUUUUCUCGGCCACCCUCGGAGAAUAUCGUCGAGUUCGUGUGGCGGGCGUGUCAGCGCGAGGGCAUCAGCCGCGGCCAGCGACUGGCCUACCUGAACGCACUGGUAAAGGUGUUCUCGGCGCUGGAGGCACAGCAGGAUCUCACCAUCGAGCGCGAGGAGCUCAUCUACUGUCUGCGGGUGACGCUGGUGAACGAGACGAAGGAGGUUCGCGCCGCCGGCUACCGGGCGCUGCGCUACCUGAUCCGACUGCCCGAGGACGUGCGCUCCAUCAUCAGGUUCCAGAUCCCGGUGCUGAUGGUGCGCUCGCUGGACCUGAUCCUCGAUAACACCGUGGAGCGUGUUCAGGCGCUGCGUCUGGCGCGCACCAUGCUGACGGUGGCGCCCAGUCUGUUCCCGUCUGACCUGACCCGCUGCCUGCUGGCCAUUACCGCCGACGGGCCCGUGGAGCGAGACAAGCUGUGGAUGAUCACACUGGCCACUGUCACACAGCUCUCGGCGGCCAACAGCGACCAGCUGGCGGCCUGCGGCGGCGUGCACGUGCUGCUGCGAGCCGUGCUGGACUGUUACCAGCCGCGCGCCGUCGACGCCGUGCUCUCGGCGCUGUUCGGCCUGCUGUCCCGGCCGGCUGGCUGCUGGCCAGACCUGGGACUGCUUCUGGCGCCCCUGGCAGACCCGCACUACGGACACCACGCCCUCGAGCCCGACUCCACAUCCAGGGGCGCCGCCAGUAGUGGUGAGGAGGUGACCCGCUCGGCCCAGGUGGCGCUUCUCUCGCUGCUACGCUCGUGGCCCGGCCUGCUGCUGCUCUGCUCACAGCACGCCGUGGCUUUCCGGGCCCUGAUCGACUCACUGCACGUGGACCGGCCGGAGCUGAGGAGAGCGCUGCUAGCAGUACUAUUUGAGCUGCUUGGUCGAGAGCUGCCCGACCCGAGCAAAUCGCCCGAGACACUGGUCACCGAGUACCUGAACGCCUCUCUGCCCGCUGAGAGCACCAAACUCUACGAGGGCUUCGUGGCCGAGGAGGCGCGACUCUUCCUGCCGCACCUGGGCGACACGCGUCCUGACCUGGUGAUGAACCACCUGGCCGUGCUGCUGUACGUGCUGCUGGAGAACGGCGUGCUCGAGGCGCUGGUGGAGGUGGUGGUGACGGCUGACACGCCGCUUAGCCUGGCCGCCACACUGCUCAUCGCUGACAUCCUGCACCGCGUCAACGAGCUGCUGCCCGUCGAGUGCGCGCGCUUCUCCAACUGUCUGCCCACGCUGCUGGGACGCGCUGCGCAGUGCGGGCCCACCGAGAGGAGGGUAACGGAGGCCAUCAGUUUAUUAUCGAGGCUCCACACCGUCCGGCGGCGACACGCUCUCAUGGAUGGAGCCAGUGUGUUUUUCCGUCAGCAGAUGACGUUCUGUGGCCAGGACGACCCCAGCGCCACAGACGUGUUCGACCGGGCGCUACGGGAGAACAGGGAGGUGAGGGUGAGCGAUGAGUGCGUCCGUAGCCUGCUCUCCGACAGCGGAAUGAUGAGCUCUGAGGAUUCCACCACUUGGCGCUGGUCAUCCGUACACUGUCUGGUCAAGCUGUCCACGACCCAGCACGGGACACAGCUGUGCGCAGUGCUCUCCAAGCUCUGCGCGCUACUGAAGCCCGACUGUCGCCAGUACUGGCGGCUGCCCGUGGGGAAGACCAGCCACCAGCAGACCCUGGUCAUGGCCGACACGGUCUCCGCACUGCUGCGAAUAGACCAGAGUGUGUGCUCCCAAUGCGGCCAGCUGCUGUCCGCACUGGUCUCGGACCAGGCCCAGUUCCUCCGCUCGGCCGCCGGUGGCUCGACGGGCGGCUCUGGUGACAGCAGCGCGCAGAUAAGCGCCAACUCGCUAAUCAACACGUGCGUGCAGCACCAGUUUCUGCUGAUCGGCCGCGUGUCGAGCUCUCAGCGCGGCAGGGAGCUGCUCGAGCGGCACGGCGUGGCCGCCAGGCUGACGGACCUGGUGGCCAGCUCCGGCUGGGACUACUACGUCAAACUGGUGGUGUCCAGCCUCGACUACAGCCAGGGACAGUGGUCGUGGCGCCUGCUCGAGCGCUGCCUGGCCGCCGCCGAGGAGACGAAGCGGCUCUACUGCGUGCAGCUGCUGCGGCUGCUGGCGCGCGCACACUGCCCCGGCUUUGCACGCUGGGGUGUGGAGAUGCUGGUCAGCCAGCUGUACGACACGUCGGAGCGCGUGUCGACCGCCGCUCUGCAGGUGGUCGAGGAGGUCUGCGACUAUGAGCCGUACCUGAAGGCCGUCGUCAGCCAGCAGCCGUCGGUGCUCUCGCUCGGAGACGGCGGCGUCCUGCUGUUCGCCCGACUGCUCUCCGUGCCGGCCGGCCACCGGAUGUUCCAGCGGGCCAACUUCCUCGACCACGAGCUCGACCGGUGGCGGGACAGCUUCAACGCCAGAUACGUCUCCCUGGUGGAGACGGAGCUGAAUGACGCGCUGACCCGCCACCAGCGCGCGGCCGGCGGCGGAUACGGCCGGCGUACGGGUGAGCGGCACCAGACGCGGCCCGUCCACCUACCGUACCACCUGUACGGACAGCUGGCGCACCACCGGGCCGGAUUCGACCUGGUGCGCGCACGGCCCGAGGUUACGGAUAUGAUACGGGUGGUGAAGGCGGCCGCUGCCGACCUCUCCACCCCCGGAAACCUGCACCAGCUGAAGGCGGCGCUCUGGGCGCUGGGUAACGUGGGUCGCACCGGCCUGGGCGCCUCGUGGCUGUCGGACGCCGGCCUGGUAGCGGCCGUGGUGGCACUGGCGGCCGGCGCCGGCGCGCUCUCGGCCCGCGCCACCGCCUGCCUGGCGCUGGGUCUGCUGGGCUCCACUCCGCAGGGCGCCGCCGCGCUGGCCGCGCACGGCUGGCAGUGUGUGUGCCGCCGCUGGACCGAGCGCUGGGCAGUCGACGAGGAGAAGCUGGACGCGCCCGGGACGGAGGAGCGUGCCACCAACGGUGAUCUACUCUCGGUCAGCAGCGGCUCCAGCUACGACCUGAGCCGGGCGAGGACCGCCAGUGAGACCAGUGAGACCGCAGAGCUGAGCGCGUCCGCCCGCAGCGCCACCCUGCCCGCCCCCGGCCGCGCCGGCUCCAGUCGACACGCGCGCAGUCUGAGCGACGCCGCGCGCGCGCCCGUGAUCCCCGAGUUCGGUGCGUGGCAGGGCUCGCCCACCGGCGGCGGCUGGUCGUCCACGGAGAGCCUGGGCCGCUCAGGCGCCGAGCCGACGCCGGCGGCGCCGCUCAGUCCCAUCGCCAGCUCGGGCUCGCUGGGUGACGGCGGCGGCGCGGAUCCGGCCGGCUCGGCGCGGCUGGCGGUGCCCGUUCCGACCACUCGCUCGCGCCUGCCGUCCGUCUCGCUGUCUCUCUCGCCGCCGACCUACUACCCGAGCGAGGAGGACGCGCAGGGGUACGCCACGCUGCGCGGCCUGACGGGCCGGCUGCGACGCGGCGAGUCGGCGGAUGAGGGGGCGUCGGGGACGUCGGCAGCGCCGCUGCUCGACUGCGGCCGCCGCCGGCUGGCCUCGCUGACGCUGGACGCGCGUCUCAGCAGGACGCUGAGCGGGGCGGGUCCACCGUCGCCGGGCGGCGCUCUGCUGAUACGCGGCUCGUCCCGGCGCUCCUCGCUGACCACCGUGAAGCGCUACCAGCUGCAGAGGAGCGCCCUGGCGCCCGCCUACCUGGGCAUCGCGCUGCCGCUGGACCUGACCACCGGCCUGCUGGCGCCGCCGCCACCGCCGGCGCACGCGGCGCCCCGGCAGCCGUCCACCGACUCCGAGCCCGAGCAGAGCUCCAAAGACGCCAGCCUCUCCCUCGACGAGGACGGAGUGCUGGAGUUCCACAACCCGACCAACUGUAUCCGCUGCUUCACACUCAAAGACCGUGUGGAGAGGAGGCCGCGGAAUAGAACAGACACGGAGUCCAGCACGGAGAGCGCGCAGCACGUGGCGUCGCCGCCCCAGCCGGAGCACCCGGUGGGCGGGGGCGGCGGCGGCGGCGGCGGCUGGUACCUGUCACACCUGCGGCUGGGCGGCGGCGGCGCCACGCUCGAUAUUCCGUCCUCCAUCACCAGUGUGGGCAGCGCCACCAGCCUGGCCAGCCACGAACACCUCCUAGGCGGCUCGCGCCAGAUGACGGGCGGCCACGUGCGCUCCCUGGUGCGCCGCGAGGUCCUCCGUCUGGUGGGGGCUCUCAGUACCAGUGUGGGCGUCAAGGCCGCCGAACAGGGCCUUCUCAGCCUGAAGCAGAAGUUCGGCAGUCUGCUGCGGACCGACCUGUGCCUGUACACGGAGAUCCACCUGCUGCUCUCACACUACGACUUCAGGCUGGCGUCGCGACGAUUCCUCCAGGAGCUCUUCGAGGACGUUAUGUUUGAGGACGUGAAGUCGGAGGCGCUCUGGAUCCUGGGCCGGUGUCGCCAGGAGAGACUCGACCAGACGUUCGACACGGACACUGUCCGCAGGCAGGGCUUUCUGGACGUUCAGCCGACUGACCCGGCGGACAUCUGGCCCGAGCCGCCCGCCUGAGCGCUGGGCACGCGGGGCGACCGGACACAGAGCUUCGUAGGGGCGCUCGGUACGCCGAGCGGUGCCUUUUUAAUCGAUUAUUUAUUGAAGAAUUUCUUUUGUCACAAUGCCGUUACUGACGCAAUGCCGUCUUGUCAAAGUUGCCUAGUUCACAGGGUGAGGAGGUUUGAGUCCAAAUGGCAGGCGGUUUGUCGGUGUGCUGUGUAUUAGAGACUCGGGGGUGGAUGUGAUGAACUGCCGCGGGGCCCGGAACGGACCAGCCCCACUGCCUUUGUGAUCCGCUCCGGGCGGCGGGGCAGCAGUGAUCGAUCUGUGUGCUCCCGUGCCGUCCCUCCGGGGCUAUCCUCGUACCCGGGACCGCUGAUCUGCCUGUGCUCAUAUCCGGGGUUCCGGGCGGGCCGGACCGAGUCAGGACAAUACGUCGACGGUGGGGUUAGGGACUGUGAGACGUCUGAUGGGCGGGGGUGACCGCUUUUACGGCCGGUUUUUAUUGCUCAGUAUUGCCGCAGCCUGAGAGUCGUGUUAAUUGAAUCAUGUAUUGCGGCUGAUUCCAAUGUGGCCGAAACGCGUGUAUUGCGGGCUUAUCGUGUGGGCUUCCUCAGUCCUAAAUUGCGGGACGGGCGGCUCGUGUGGCCGCGGAGAGGGUGGGAGAAUUCGGCCGGCGCUGUUGCGCCCGCCGCUCGUUUUAGAGUUCGCUGUGUAUCGCGGGAUUCGGGGGAGCGACAACCACGACUGUGACGGCGCUUCAUAUUUAUUACAUUGUUAUUAAAGUGUUCAUAACCCAUGCCGCCGCGGUCGCGGGCGUCAAGUCAUGUUUUUUCACUCGUCGACAACGUUGAUAAACCAUCAAACUGC